AUGUCCUUAGCUGCCGCCACCACGGCCGUGAAGAUUGGAAUAAUUGGUGGGACCGGCCUGGAUGACCCAGAGAUUUUAGGAGGAAGAACCGAAAAAUAUGUGGAUACACCAUUUGGCAAGCCAUCCGAUGCCUUAAUUUUGGGGAAGAUAAAGAGCGUUGAUUGUGCCCUUCUUGCAAGGCACGGGAGGCAGCACAGCUUUGUGCCUUCCAAAGUCAACUACCAGGCAAACAUCUGGGCUCUGAAGGAGGAGGGUUGUACCCAUGUCAUCGUGACCACAGCCUGCAGCUCCCUGAGAGAGGAAAUCCAGCCCGGUGACGUCGUCGUCAUCGAUCAAUUCAUCUACAGGACCACCACGAGGCCUCAGACCUUCUAUAAUGGGAGCCAUUCCUGUGCCCGAGGAGUGUGCCAUAUUCCAAUGGCAGAGCCAUUCUGCCCCAAGACCAGAGAAGUCCUCAUGGAAACUGCCAAGAAGGUAGGACUCCGAUGUCACUCGAAGGGGACAGUGGUCACAAGAGGGCCCCGGUUUAGCUCCCGAGCUGAAAGCUUCAUGUUCCGUACCUGGGGGACAGAUGUGAUCAACAUGAUCACAGUUCCAGAGGUGGUUCUUGCGAAAGAGGCUGGGAUUUGCUAUGCCAGUAUCGCCAUGGCAACCGAUUACAAUUGCUGGAAGGAACACGAGGAAGCAGUUUCCGUGGACAGGGUCUUAAAGACCCUGAAAGAAAAUGCCAACAAAGCCAAGAGUUUACUCCUCACCGCCAUACUGCAGCUCGGGUCCAUGGAAUGGUCGGAAAUACUCCGGAACCUGAAGAAUACAGCCCAGUUCUCCGUUUUAUUGCCAAGACGUGGAAAUGGUGUCCUGCCCAGAAGAAAAGAUGACUCUCUCAUUCUACUCACUUUGGGAAUUCCUGCUGAACUUAAAAGAAAAUGGAAGACAUGCCGUUUCCAUGGCCUUCCUGCUUAG